AUGGAGUCAUCGGAAUGGCUAAGGAAUUAUAUCUGGCGAAAUGCUGGCUUUGGAAGCCUCAGAGAUAUUCGUUUUCAAAUUGAGGACUACGAACCUCGCUACGACCCCACAGUCAUCCCGAUAAUCUCUACAGAACUGAAGGAGACCAAGACGAAGCGAAAUGAUGUGGAAAAGGCCGCUCCCCGCGGCUCUAGGUUGUCUGGAUACUAUUCCGUUGCCGAUUACCAUAGGCUCUAUCUAUCUGGAGAGAUAUCUCCUGUCGCGGUUGCGAAGGCUAUCCUCCCUCUAAUUCGUAGGGAUACGGAUUCCCCCAUGCAGUACUCAACAGCCUGGUUUGAGGUCAAGGCUGAGCUGGUGAUGAAGGCCGCAAGAGCCUCGGCAAAGAGAUAUAAGGAAGGAAAGCCGCUGGGCCCUAUGGAUGGUGUCCCUACAGCUGUAAAGGACGAAUACGAAAUGGAUGGCUAUAAAACCUGUCUAGGCUCCCGAAACGAUUACACCGCGACGCCGUCUACGGAUGGCGCUAGCAUCACGAGUUGGUGUGUUAAACAGCUGGAGGAUGCCGGCGCCAUAAUAUUUGGAAAACUUUCCAUGCAUGAUGUCCCGGAUAAUGCGGAGAGGAACAAAGUCCUUGGCAUUCCCGAGGACUGGUUCGCAGCAGCUGAUCCUGGAGUACAGAGGCUUUGCCAGGCAAUGAUUGACCGACUGGUCAGGGAGCAUGGUUACCAAACAGUGCCUAUCAAGAUUCCUUUUACGCCUCAAGGCCAGAUUGCCCAUGCAAUGACGGUUUUAACGGACGGCGCAACGCUCUUGCCAGAGACGAAGAACCUCACUCACGCAAACAAGAUCCUGCUGGCACUUGGGCGUACGACACCGUCAACGGAUUACCUGCUCGCGCAAAAACUUCGGGCGCUUCUCAUGAAGCACCUCGCUUACCUCUGGACGAAACACCCAGGCAUGGUCAUCAUCACCCCGACCACAGCUUGUGCUGGUUGGAAGAUCCAGACGCAGUCAGAGCUUGAAAAUGGGCUCAGUGAUGGCGACAAAACAAUUAGAUCCAUGAUGUAUGUCUGGUUAGCCAACUUCUGUGGCCUUCCCGCUCUUACCGUCCCUGCCGGCUACCUUGCACCAGAGGGUAGCCCGGACGCGGGCGGGGUGGCAGAUGAGAAAAUUGAAGGCAAAGUACCGGUCGGACUCAUGGGGACGGGCGAAUGGACUCAAGAGCAUAACUUGCUACAGUUUGGCGUCGAUGCAGAAGCAGUCGGUGCGGAUAUACGGCUACGGCCACCAAUCUGGGUAGAUGUUGUCGCGAAGGCGCGUGAGGAGAUGAAGAUGGCAGAGGUAGGCGAAAUGUGGGGAUCUGAUAUCUCUGUGGCCCCUUUUAUUCCAUUUAUGAACUGCCUCGGUAUGCACUGCUAUCAAUGA